CUGUAUUUUCGCUAUAAAAUUAACCAUUUUAUAUCUGUGAAAAAUUCGUACAAGAUCUUACUUACCAUCAUCUUUUACAAUUAAAGCUGCAUGACAUGUUUUAGUUAUCACUUUAUGUGAACAACUGUCAAAGAUCUAAUAAAAAUGAAGAAUUACCGGAAUCAAGAGAUGGCUGUUUUGGAAAAUCAACAGAAAGAAAUUCUCCAGCAGCUGGUAGAACUGAAAAACCAAAUGCUGGAGAUCAAAAAGACUUUGCAAAGUAACAAAGCAGACCUUGGAUUAAAAUCUAGUCCAAAAAAGUUGCCCUCAAGUUCUUUAAAGAUUGAAAAUGUUCCUGAUCUUAUAGUUAAUGCUAACCCAAAGAAUCCACCCUAUUCACUUUUAUGUAUUCAAAGAUUAUGGUCCAACAUUAUUAAUUUAAAAGUUAAAACCUAUACCCAUUCAACAAUUUCAAAAAUUACCAAAGAGGCAGAAAGGUUGUCAUCUGAAUUAGAAGGUUUUAAAUGUACUGAAAGCAUUCCAGUUAUAUCAUUGAGGCUCAUAUGGAAAAAUGUUGGAGCUGAUGUUGAACUUUUGGUACGUCAUUAUCCAAUUAUGGGUGAAGUGAAUGUUCUUAGAUAUCUUUCAAGACUUUUACAAGGUCCAUUUAACUAUGAACUUUCUCCAAAAUGUUUAGAAAUAGAUUCAGUUCUUGAUUUAUGUUACCUUCUGCUCUGUUCAAAAUCUAAGGGUGAAAGAAUUAAUUUACUACAACAGUUGGAUAAAAAGCUGGGAAAAUCAGGAUGGUUUUGUGAUAGUAGUUCUGUCUCUAUAGCCGAUAUAGCUGCACAAUCUACCCUCAAGAAUAUUCCCUCUAAUGAAAUUAAUCAAAAUUUAACCAAAUGGCUUCAGAAAUGUACACAACAAAUUACUUGUAAAGUUUAAUUUUAUUUAAUAGAACAAGUGCUUUUAUUA